CUUUGGGACCGGAGGGACCGGUCAGUGUGCUGGGAAGCACAGAGGCGGCUUGGCAGGCAGCGAGAGGCCCAUGCCCCAGACGGCUCAGGGGGCCCAGGCAUUGGGGGGUGGCUCCUGUGCUCCGGGUCCGGCAGAGGGGGAGCAAGGGACCGGGGUCCCAGAGCCCCACUUCCUCAUGGACUCCUCCGAACCAGCAGCCCCUGAGAAGGAGCGCUCGGCCCCGCACAUGGCCAAGACCUGCUGGAAUGUCUUCUGGGGUUUCUGGGACUAUGAGACGCCCAAGGUGAUCGUGGUGAAGAACAGAAACUUGGGCUUCAUCUACCGCACAGUGCAGCUACUCAUCCUUCUCUACUUUGUCUGGUAUGUAUUCAUCAUUCAAAAAGGCUACCAGGACAGUGAGACUGGCCCUGAGAGUUCUGUCAUCACGAAGGUCAAGGGCAUCACCAAGUCCCAGAAGAAAGUAUGGGAUGUAGAAGAGUAUGUGAAACCCCCUGAGGGGGGCAGUGUGUUUAGCAUCAUCACUCGGGCAGAAAUAACUCCCUUUCAGACCCUAGGAACCUGCCCAGAGAGCAUACGCAUUCGAAAUGCCACCUGCUUCUCUGAUGAUGAUUGCAUAGCAGGGGAGAUGGACAUGCUGGGCAAUGGAGAGAAAACUGGACGUUGUGUUCCCUAUUACCGUGGGACCAAGAAGACAUGUGAGGUGUCAGCCUGGUGCCCUGUGGAGGACGAAGCAGUCAAUAGUGAGUUCCUGGGACAGAUGGCCCCACAGUUCACCAUCCUCAUCAAGAACAGCAUACAUUACCCUAAAUUCCAAUUUUCCAAGGGAAACAUCAGGGACUAUGAUGAUGGCUACCUGAAACACUGCACCUUCAAUGCUGACACCGACCUCUACUGUCCCAUAUUUAAAUUGGGCUUCAUUGUGGAACAGGCAGGAGAGAACUUCACAGAGCUGGCACACAAGGGCGGAGUCAUUGGGAUCAUUAUCAACUGGAACUGUGACCUGGACCUGUCUGAGUCCAAAUGCAAUCCCAAAUAUUCCUUCCGGCGGCUUGACCCUAAGCACAUCCAGGCUUCCUCAGGCUACAACUACAGAUUUGCCAAGUACUACAACCACAAUGGCACAGACUCCCGUACUCUCAUCAAGGCCUAUGGGAUCCGAAUUGAUGUUAUCGUGCAUGGACAGGCUGGGAAAUUUAGCCUGAUUCCCACCAUCAUUAACCUGGCCACAGCGCUGACUUCUAUUGGAGUGGGCUCCUUCCUCUGCGACUGGAUUUUACUGACCUUCAUGAACAAGAAUAAGGUCUACAGUCACAGAAAGUUUGACAAGAUGGUGGAUACCCAGGACCCGAGUGAAGGACAAGGGCCUUCCAGCCCACAGGCUUCUUCACAGGACUCCAUCCCCAUGGAACCCAAAGGCUUGUCCCAGCUCUGAACCCCCAGCACCAUCUCCACCUUUUCCUUGUGCUGCUUAGAGAGUGAGGCCCUGGCUGGGACCACAGGGUCAUUUGAAGUCAACAGCUCUGCCGAAAGACAAGGUCUCUGGGCCCGUGCUGCUAGACUGAGGGGCAGCUCGGAUCAACAGGCCUGGGUCUGGGCCCCCCGAUGUUGCCUGUCUUCCUGACAACCUAGUUUUGGGGGCCUGGCUAAUAUAAAUGUGGGGUACAGAAAAGAUGGUUCUCUCCCACUCCAGUCCCCACCCUUCUAGUCUUUUCCUCAUCCCCAACCCGCACCAUCAUCUCAGAAACCUAUUCUGGAUCCUCAGCAAGGUUGUACCCCUCUCUUCCCACCAGCUGAGACCUCAAUUUCCCCCCUACUGGACACCUCACAAUCCCCUCCCUCUUUCCCCAUGAGCCUGCUGCCAGAUGGCUCGGUGACACAUCCUCCUUCCUCAGAUCUGAGCUCACAUUCCAGGGUGAGUGGAAGGGGGAGAUUUCCAUGUCAUCCCUUGCAGCUUCAUUACCCUGGCAUAUAUGCUCCACCCCUCCCCCAGAGGGGUCCCCAUGAACCUCCUUAUGCAAAUGGGAACAAGUUGGCAGUGAGCUCCAAUAAAUUAUAUAUGACCAGAGCCAGCUGGACCUUACUUGUUCUUGGGAGCAUGGCACGAGCCAAUCACUCACUUCCAGACCUGGAAGACCUGGGAGGGCCAGAGGGUCUGCAGCAAAGGGUAAGAGGCAGCUUGAGGAGAACACUCCCUUCUCUUGGACAUAGCUCAUGGGGCAGGGGUGAAGGGGACAGCUGGGCUUUGGGACCAGGUCCUUGGCCUGUUUAGACUACAC